AUGGCGGCGCAAGGGGGCGCUAAUGGUGGCGGGUUCGGGCAGCAAGGAGGCGGAAGGGGAGGCCCGGGGUUUAAUCCUGGUUUCAAUCCGGGGUUUGAUCCAGGUUUUGCAGGGAGAGGCGGCCGUGGCUAUGGGUCUUUUCCCCAUAAUCGUGGUCGUGGAAGCAACUUCGGUGGAGGUCGUAGAGGCUAUGGUGGCUAUGGUGGCUAUGGUGGUUAUGGCAGCCAGAACAACUAUGGGUACCAAGGUUUCCACGGUGCUAAUCGUGGCCAUCGUCCAUACUAUGGCGGCUAUGGUGGCAAGCGUGGCCGAGGUGCAGGAUAUGGAGGUCAACAAUUCCAACAGCAGGCGACCCCAAACCCAACUCCGAUGGGGGGAGGGAGCUACGGCACCGGAGCCCACAUCGCUGACGAGAUGGGGCAUAACUUGGGUGCCCAGCAACAGCACUCCACGGUGCCUGCAACGGGUACCAAGUCUGCCACAGGAGGUGUCCCCAUCGCUGUUACAGCCGAUAACCAUCUUGGCUCAGCAGUGCUCGGCGAUCCCCAGCCUGGCCACCCCUCGGCUGGCCAGGAGCUUCACCAGGCCCCUCCCGCUGGGCUACACAAGCAGGGGAGCAAGCUGGAACUUUCACCGCAUUCUUUUGUAGAUGUGGUCAUUGGGGAAUUUAUCUACCAGUUGCAUUUUGGGGUGGAGCAGGAGGCGCCUGAGGGUGAGCCAAUCUUGCUUGAUCUUGAUUCUAAAUUGGAAGAUGAAGAGCCUAAUGAGGAUGAUGAUCCUAAUGAUGAUGACCCUAAAGAGGAGGGAAAUGGUGACAAACCGAUGGACAUAGAUAAAAAAAAGCGGAUCAGGCACCACAUCCUACAAAGAAGGCUGGUAUUGGUGGAACAAGUCAGGAGGAUAGCCCCUCUGUUGAAGCUGCAAAAAAUAAAAUAA